AUGUUUGGUGGAGAUGGGAAGGAAACAAGAUCUAGAACUUUGCAGCUCUGUGUUCAAGCUCCUGUGUCGUCUGUAAAGCUGGUCCAUCAAUGUUGGCCCCCGGGACAGAUAAAGGUGUCCUGUCUCUCUGAAGGGGACAGUCCUCAGUACAGCUGGACUCUGGAUGGAAAAACACCGACAGACUCUGAACUUCUCUCUGGAAAUAAUCAGACUAAAAUCAUUGUUCUAAAACCAAAUAUCUCAGGGCUUCUUUUCUGCUCAGUCAGGAAUCAAGUCAGUUCAUCCUCCAACGAGAUCAACAUUCCUGACUGUGGCUUCCUAUUUAUUAACUGCACCGUCAAUGGGACAACAAUAGCUAAAUGGGUGUAUAAAGAAAAUAACACCCUGUGUGUUGAACCAACAACUGGCCCUCCAACAGUUAAACAUAGUAGUGUGGGGCUAUUGCCAAUAAUAGCUGGCGUUCUCACAACAUUGGUAAUUAUCUUGGUGGUCUGCAUCGCAUUCAUCUGUUACUUCAAGAAAAAGAAAAGCCCCAGAGCGGUGGAGGAAGAUGACCAGGAACUGACCUAUGCUGAUGUAAGGGUUGUGAAAAAUCAGGGAAAGAAAGUGGAGCUAAGUGCGGACGUUGAUGUGGAGUACGGCCAGGUCAAGUUUUCAAAGAGACAGAGACCAGAGCGGGCUAACCCAAUAGUCGAGGAUACUUUAUAUGCACAAGUAAACAAAGGAAGGUGAUUUAAAAUGUCCAACAAGCCUAUUUCUGCAUGUUACCUAAAAGACUUUUCUUGGAUUACCUGUUAAAAAUACAAGUCAGGAGCUUUUUAAUGGAGGCAUGGGCAGCUGUCUCGCCUUCCACACAGUCUGGGCCUCAAAUUCCCCACCUUAUAUCCUCUUUCUGUCUUUUACACCGAUGAAUGAAGGACAGUAUUACCACAAAAAAAAAAAAAAA